AUGGCGCGGAAGACAAAACUUGCCAAGAGCAGGCUUGAUAAAUAUUACAAUUUGGCAAAGGAACAGGGAUACCGUGCUAGGUCUGCAUAUAAAUUGAUACAAAUUUCUAAAAGAUAUAACAUUUUUAGAGAUUGUAAUACACUUAUUGACCUUUGUGCUGCUCCAGGUGGUUGGUUGCAGGUUGCUUCUGAUACAAUGCCCAUAAAUAGUUUGAUUAUUGGUGUUGAUUUAGUGCCUAUUAAACCUAUUAAAAAUGUCAUAACCUUACAACUUGAUAUCACGUCUCAGUACGCCAAACAUACGCUGCUUAAACGUAUGAAUGGUGCCAAAGCAGAUGUGAUUCUGCAUGAUGGGUCUCCCAAUAUGGGCUCCAAUUGGAAUUUAGAUGCAUUUAAUCAAAACCAAUUGGUGCUAAGUGCCACCAAUUUGGCUUGCAAUUUACUCAGGAAAGGCGGUACUUAUGUUACAAAAGUAUUUCGCUCCGCAGAUUACUCAUCAUUAAUAUGGGUAUUUCAAGAGUUAUUCCACAUCGUAAAGGCAACUAAACCCCAAUCUAGUAGAAUUGUAUCUGCAGAAAUAUUCGUUAUAUGUAUGCGGUACAAGUCACCACAAUUUCUCGAUCCCAAGUUAUUUGAUUUCAAGCAUGUAUUUAAGAAUAGGGGCCUCAAUCCGGACCAGAAGUUGACAGAGGAUAGUGAUAAGUCAAAAUCACUUUCACAUUUGUUGAAGCUGAAGGAACGAAAUAAGAGACAGGGUUAUUCAGAUGGCGAUGAUUAUCGUGAAGUGUCAAUUAUUGACUAUUUAAAGUCCGAUAAUCCGUCGGAUAUACUAGUUAAUUACAAUCGGAUAAGGUUUAUCGAAUCAGAAACAUCGGACAUAAUUCGUAACCAUCCACUAACCACUCAAGAAAUACUGACACUGUUUAGUGAUUUGCAGGUUUUGGGUAAAAAAGAUCUACUAUUGUUGUUGAAGUGGAGAAUGAGAUUACUCAAGUGUAUUAAAGAUGAUAAACUUCCAAUUCCAGAAUUGUUAGCAAAAUUGCCAACUAUACAAGUAUUGCCGCCACUACAAAAUGAUGAGCUAAAAGAAUUAGAUGAUGAAUUAGAUACGAAAGUGAGCGAAAUAAAGAACAAUUCUAAAAAGUUAAGUAAGAGUAUGAAGAAGAAACAGAAAAGAUUUUUGGAGAACCUGAAAAAAGGCACUCAAAUCGCUCAAAAUGAGGAUUCAGAGUUGUUUUCAAAUACCAAGGAAUCGCAAUUGUUGCUAGAACAUGGAAGUGAUAUCGAAUCUUGUGUCGAUUCUAUAUCAGAUCAUGAAGAAAUUGAGAAUGAAACGUACAUUCCAAUUGACGUGGAAAAUGAUUAUAAAUGCAUAGAAGAGGAACUGGAGAAAGAUUAUGUUAUGCAAAAGGAAAGGUUGAAAAUUAAAGCAGAAAAGGCUAGUAAAAAGGCCACAAGAAGAGAAGCUUCAUAUAUCGCCAAAAUUCAGCAGUUGACUGAGGAAACCAAAAGGAUUGAAAGUUCCGGUUUUAAAACUUGGCAAUCAGAUGAUGAAUAUAAUUCUGAAAGUGAAAACGAAGAAUUAAAAUUGCAAUUUGCUGAGGAAUCACAAUCAGAGGGUGAAAAAUUAGAUGUUAAAUCUAGUACCGGUGAAUCUUGUAUUGUGGGUGGAGAUAAUUGUUACAAAAUUGUUAAUAGUAAAUCUGAAGAAAAAAAUAUAUAUAUUGAUGAGUCUGGUAUUGAUUACCAGAAUGAAUUUAAUAGAACUGAAUUUAGUAAUGAAAUUGAUGAAGUACAGUCAAUUGGUAUUAAACAUAUUGAUAGCAUCUAUGCUAGUGAUAAAACUGAUUUAGAUAAAUCGUGUGAAUUCACUGCAGUUCAAUCAGAGUUAUUAAAAAAUGCUAAAGAAGGUCGUAUUAACAAAUCUAUUAAGGGUUUAAAUACAAAAAAUACUUCAAAAACUAAAGAUGCCAAAAUAUAUAGGGAUGAAUUGCCAAAUGAUACGCUUAGUGUUGAUUGUAUAACUAAUAUAAAUCACAAUGUCAAAUCUUUGCAUAGCAAAAAAGAUAUCACAACUAAGACUACACCAGAGGAAACUCCUGAAGUUGAAAGAUGGUUCAAACAGGAUAUAUUCAACAUGCCAGAUGAUACGAUAUCCAAUGAUGUAGUUAGUUUCAAAAGUAACGUAUCAAAUAGGAAUACUGAUAAUAAUGUAGAACUGCAUCCUACUAAAGAUAACUCUAAGCCCAAUGCUUUUGUUGUUGGCGAUGGUAAUGAGGAUUCCAAAAAAUCCAAACUAGAUCCAGAUAAAAUACAAUUACUUGGACCCCUUCUUAUUAGUAAAAAAUCCAGACUUGAUCUAAUGGAUGGUAUGUACAAUCGUUAUGCUUAUAAUGAAGAUAUUGAGGAUUUGCCUUUGUGGUUUAGGGAAGAUGAGGAGAUGCAUACCAAAGUUCAAUUACCACUUACAAAAGAACAAAUGCGUGUCUAUCGUAUGAAGUUGAAAGAGAUUAAAUCUCUCCCCAUAAGGAAGGUGAAAGAAGCAAUUUCCAGAAGGAUGAAGAAGAUACAAAAUAAACUUGAUAAGGUUAGGACUGAUACUGAAAGAAUUUCAAACAGAAACGAUGUAUCAAUUGUACAUCAAAUUGAGAAGAAUAAAAAGAUACUUAGGAAGGUUGCAAAAGAUGCUGUAGGUAAGAAGAAUAAAGUGUACGUCGUAUCAAACAAGUUUGGUAACAAUAGUGUCAGGUCGGGCAAAAAAUCUGGGGAGGUAAUUAAAUUUGUGGAUAAGAGGAUGAAAAAGGACAAUAGGAAUGCUAAGAAAACAAGAAAGGUCAGGAAAACUGGUAGACAUAAGGGCAGGGGUGGAUAA